AUGAGUAGUAAUCUGAAGAGCAUAUCCUGGUGUUCCAGAUUCACUAGCGCUUUUUCUGUAUAUAACCAUUCCACCUCAUCCUCGUCAUUCCCCUCUUCUUGGGCACAACCACCAAUUCAGGAAGUCCGAAAACGAAGUGGUAUUCCAGCUUUACGCAUCGAUUUCAUCACAAGACUGAAUCGAACCCGAAUGACGGAAGAUUGGAAGCGCAGCUCGACAUUAUCGUUCCAGCACUCGUCUCCGGAAAUCGAGGUACAAAUGGCAGAAACUCGUGAGUUAAAAACACAUAAUAGCCUAGACGUGUCGGCCUUUGACACUAGCGCGUUAGUACUCAAACCCACGAAGAAUGUAAACAAGGAAACGCAAACGACUAUCUCCAUCAAUCCCUUCUCAUUAUCGAAACUUGUUGCCGCAGGUCCCAUUAGCUCACAGCCAACUUCGGUUACGCGAAAACACGAGAUACUGUUCAAUUUUCCAAAGCUACCACCGGAGCUUCGUCUUAGAGUCUAUCAGCAUACCUUUGAGCCUCAAAUCAUCGCGGUAGAUGUGUUUCACGUAAAUAUCAGUGAGGGUCCAGCUCGCCAAACGGUUGCCCGGAGGACUAGCCCAGUUCCAAUCACCCUGCAAAUAAAUCGAGAAAGUCGAACCGAAGGCUUACGAUAUUAUGAACGGAUCCACAUAGCCAAUGACUUCAAAUUCUUCCCUAUUAUCUAUAUUCAUCCACAAAACGAUCUUCUGAGGCUGAGAGCAGUCCCAGAGAAAACGCUGGCCGAACCCUGUAUCUCUAUCGGCAUGACAUGCCUUCUCUUCUACCUCUCCCAAAGGUAUGAGCAAAAGUUCACCCUCAUAUUGGACGGUGUUGUGCCUUGGGACUUGUGGUUUACCGAAGACCGAGCACCGUGGGAUCAGGGUCAUAUUGUGAAUGAAUACCCAUGUGCUCGAAAGGUGUUUCUGAACUACACGCUGCUUCAAGCCGACGACGGCACACUACCAAUGAAUAAACAAGACGCAGAGAAUCUGGAGAAAGUAGUGGCAUAUACCGAGACGAUGAAGAGUACAUGGUCUACAGUGUUCAACAAAUUACGUGUCUAUGGGGGCUUAGAACUUGUACCUACACUGCUGAAAGAAAUGUUCACACGUUCCUCUUUCAGCGGAGCAGUGCUUAAUGGUUACAUUGGACUGCUACUGGAGCUUGAAACGACGCAAAACGACGCAACCACAGAGUCAAAGUAG